AUGGUUCAGGGCGUUCAGAUUAACACUUCCACCUCCAAGCAGGCGCAGGACCAGAUCCUCACAGAGGAGGCGCUCACCUUCCUCGGCGCCCUUCACCGCACAUUCGACAAGACCCGCAAAGCUCUUCUUGUCAACCGUAUCGCCGUCCAGCAACGUCUGGACUCCGGGCUACCUCUCGAGUUCCCGCCCGAGACUGCCAACAUCCGCGCCGAGCCCGCAUGGCAUUGCGCACCACCCGCACCUGGUCUUGAGGACCGCCGCGUUGAGAUCACAGGCCCAACAGACAGGAAAAUGGUGGUCAAUGCGCUCAACAGCGGCGCAAAGACGUUCAUGGCUGACUUUGAGGAUGCCACUUCACCGACGUUCAAGGCUUUGAUCGAAGGUCAAGUCAACCUCCACGACGCUAUCCGUCGCCAGAUCGACUUUGAGGCUGGAGGAAAGUCCUACAAGCUGUCCGAGAACCCUGCUGUGCUCAUCGUCCGACCUCGUGGAUGGCAUCUUGAGGAGCCCCGCCUUACUGUCGACAAUGAGCCCAUGUCCGGCUCGCUCUUUGACUUCGGUCUCUACUUCUUCCACAAUGCUAAGGAGCUCGUCAAGCGCGGCUCGGGCCCGUACUUCUACCUUCCCAAGAUGGAGCACUACAAGGAGGCGCGCCUCUGGAACGACGUCUUCAACUUCUCGCAGUCUUACAUCGGCUUGCCGCACGGCACAAUCCGUGGAACUGUGCUCAUUGAGACGCUCCCCGCUGCCUUCCAGAUGGAGGAGAUCCUCUUCGAGCUUCGCACCCACUCAUCCGGCCUCAACUGCGGUCGGUGGGACUACAUUUUCAGCUUCAUCAAGCGCCGCCGCGCCGACAGGAGCGCUGUUUUGCCCGACCGCAAGGAUGUUACGAUGACGUCUCACUUCAUGGACUCGUAUGUUCGCCUGUUGAUCCAGACUUGCCACAGGCGAAAGGUGGCGGCCAUGGGCGGCAUGUCAGCGCAGAUUCCCAUCAAGGGCGACGACAAGGCCAACGCAGAGGCCAUGGACAAGGUUCGCGCCGACAAGCUCCGCGAGGUUACCUACGGUCACGACGGCACCUGGAUCGCACAUCCACUUAUCAACAAGAUCGCACGCCAAGUGUUUGACGACAACAUGCUCGGGCCUAACCAGUACCACCAGCUUCGCGAGGAUUGGCGCGUCCAGGCAGCGGACCUACUCAACACCGACGUAUCAGGACGCGUGACGACCGCCGGUGUACGCUCCAAUGCCGCCACGGUCCUCGCAUACGCAGGAGCAUGGAUCGGCGGCAACGGCUGCAUCCCGCUCAACUGGCUUAUGGAGGACGCAGCGACGGCGGAGAUCUCGCGCGUCCAGCUCUGGCAAUGGGUACACUACGCCGUACGCACGGAAGACGGCGAGCCCGUGACCGCCGAGGGCGUCGACAGACUCCUCGACGAGGUCGUACCAGAAGUGCGCAAGGCUGUGCCCGCGAUGAAGGAUGAGCAUCUCGCCAUCGUCAAGGACUACGUUAAAGCGCAGAUCCGCCAGACCUGGCCAAGUGAGUUCUUGACGAGCGAUCUCAUGCCGUAUCUCGCACAGGCCGAUGGCGUCCCUACGAAGUGGCACAAAGCGUCUCUUUGA